AUGGUGAUAUUGUGCAUUGAGCGUGACGAGCACAAAGCACAGCGCUUAGGCAAAUCCAAGGUUGGAAGCAGUAUAAUCGCCAGUACGGAUGAAUAUCAAGAAAAGUUAUCUGGGAAUAUACAAUGGAUUUCAGCUAAUGGGGUAUCUUCCCGGUUACUAGUUGUGUGGGGAAUUUUAUAUAUAGUUGCACGUGAUAAUUUGGGUGUCCCACUCAUUGUUAUAUCGUGGUCUAUUGCUGAAAUGAUUCGUUAUUCAUAUUAUGUAGCAGAUAUAUGUAGGGUCAAGUUAAAUCUGCUAACUUGGUUAAGGUUUUAUGGUUUUGUAUCCAACUGGGAUUUCUGUAAGUCAUAG